CAAUUGGAUGAAUGAGCAGUGAUUGUUAGAGCGCAGCAGCUCUCAUGGCAUUAUCGUUUCUGCUUCCCGCUUCUUCUACAUCCGUUACAUCGUUGAAGCUCAGAGUCUCUAACCCAAGAAAACCAAACUCUUCGAGAACUCAUCAAUGGCGCACUUCGAUCACUACCUGCUCGACGAGAACACAUGAAGCUACUCUGGCCAAAAACGAUCUUUAUGAGCUGAUUUCAGGCGAGGAGAGAGGGGUUAAAACCGAGGGAAACCCCUCGAAACGAUCGAAGAUCAUAAAAGCGAUCGAUGCCAUGGAAGUUCUCGGGAAAGGUUCGAUUACUACUGGUUCUUCUCUGUCGGCUACGUGGAGGAUGCUCUGGACUACUGAAAAAGAGCAGCUUUUCAUAAUAAAGAAUGCAAACUUCUUCGGAACUCAAACUGGGGAUGUUUUACAAGUUAUAGACGUCGAGAGAGGUAUUCUAAAUAAUGUAAUUACGUUCCCUCCCUCUGGUGUUUUCUUUGUUCGAUCAAACAUCGAAGUUGCUUCACCUCAGAGAGUAAAUUUCAGAUUUACAAGUGCAGUUCUACGUGGGAAGGACUGGGAGUUUCCUUUGCCACCGUUUGGACAGGGGUGGUUUGAAUCUGUCUAUCUUGAUGAAGAGAUUCGUGUUGUAAAGGAUAUCCGGGGAGAUUACUUAGUUGUUGAUCGUGCUCCUUAUAGUUGGAAAGAAUGACAAGCAUAGAAUUGGAACCCAGGUGGGUAUGCUUCACAAUCUUGUCCAGCAUGAUGGAAUGAAACACAUAAAAGUUGAUGGGGCAUUUCAUAGGAAAAAAAAGUUAUUUAGGGCUGAUUCAUACCCAAUAUAUUUAGUCAAGUUAGAAGUGUUAACUUCGGAGCGUUCUAUGCAAGCUAGGCAUGUAUGGAAUCCAUGCACUAGGUUGGGAGAGUGUUAUGAUGUAAGGGUAUUCCAGUGGGGCUAUACCUAUGUUUUUCAUUCACUGUAGCAGACGUGGUGGGGUAACAAAUCCAGAUAGAGAAACAAUAAAAAAUUGUGUUCUGCUAGUAAAUGAGUUGCCUUAUUACCUGACCGAAAAAACAUGUGUGAAGGAUAGUUUAAAAACAUGAUUGAAAUGCCAAUUGUCAGCAAUAAGAGUUUUUAUCAUUGUUACUUGUUUCAGGAAUUAUCGUGCACUGGGACUUAUUUCAGGAGUUAUCAUCAUGGUUAUGUUCUUGUCAUGUAAGCUCUCUUUUAAGAUGAAACUAAGGUCCAUCAUAAUACAAAGGUUGGAUAUGGUUUCCAAAAUUAAAUUUGAAGUGAGUUUUACCAUCAAUAUGCCUCAUUGAAUGAUUUUCCUGCAUUAUAAAAUAGAAGAGCUCUCUCACCUAAAACCCGAGAGUUUUCCCAGCCAAUCUAUGUCAGGAUAGGUGGCCCUCCUUGAGUUUAAUUUGGCAUCGUACAAGGCUUUCUGGUAGUUGAUUAAAGAAUGAUGAUCAAAUGUUUUUUUCAUGAAUUCCAUGAGGAGACGAGACAUGUUGCCAAAUGCCACAUUUGGCAAUAUAAGUAUCAAAUUCUUUGAAAAUAGUGUCCCGAUACAGGCUGGGUUUGGGAUCAGUGCCCAGGAUAGAUCAAAUGGCUUUGUAUAGGGAGGCAAAGCUGGUGUUAUGAAGCUCAGUUAGUUGUUAACUCAGUAUCCCACAAGCUUGACAUGGCAUGGCAUGUGAUGAACAUGUUCUUCUCCUUAACUGACUCCAAGGACUAGUUAUGCAUCUCGAGGAAAGAGCUCAAUAUUUGGUAAUUCUGUGAGAUUCUUUUACAAGAGUUCGACUGAGGAGAUCACAGGAAGUUAGUUUUUAAAAUAAUUUUUGGGGAAGACCCAUUCAUCUUAUGGUGGAAGCUUCUGUGUCGGAGCUAGUAAUUGGUAGAAAGUGUACAGGAGUGCCUGUUGAUUGAGAACAUGUUAAGCACAUCAAAGAAAUAGGGUUAAGCAUGGUGAAUUGAUGCAUUAUGUGUCAACAUGGGCAAGAAACUAAAGUUACUCUAUUAUACGCUGCAAUUCUACUCAGAUUGCGGUGUUAAUUUGAGGCUCUGUUUGACAGUAUGGGUCCCUCCAAGGUACAUAUUUCAGCUAUUUUUCUAUUGUCUAAACAUAUAGCUAGUUACAGUCUGCAUGGAAGGGUCCUGUUGGUUCAUUGUUCACUGCAAGUUGCAACUUGCUUGGGCAUGUGUAUUGUGUACUGAAGGAAGAGGUAUAAGAAGAAGACGAAGAAGAAGAAUUCUAAUCUGCUAGUUUCCAGGACAGAUGGAGAUCUAUUCUUCGUGGGUUGUAAAGUUAGAAGCUAGAUUCAUCUACUCUCUUCUCUGUACUGUGUUUUAAUACAAGUGAACCUUCAUGUUGCUGUAAAGAAAUUGGUAUCUAACCCGACAUGGCUGCAUUACAAUUGCAGGGCUCUCUAUGAAUUAGUACAUUGUUUUCAAGAUUUAACAUACAAACUUCAUAGAUAAUACAAAAGGAGUAAAUUUGCAUGCAUAGUAACUCAUGCAUGUUUUUAUUUUUUAUUUUUUUGGGGGGGGGGUUAAAAUUCAUACAUAUUUGAUAUACUGUAGAUGUAUAGGUGAAUAAAUUUUAUUUAAGAUUAAUAUAUUGGCUAUAUGAUGUAUAAAACAUAAUGUGUCUAACCAACUGUAAUGGCUUUUAUUAUAUAUAUUAAAUAAAUGUUAUUUUUUACUUGCAAGUUGCAAGUAAUACUAUAAUUGUGGAUACUAAAUCUUUAUACUAUUGAGCUAAACUAGUAAAUCUUUCAGGGUAAUAUAUGCCACCAUUUUUGAGCAUGCACAUCCUUUUCUGGCUUCUGUGUAUGAUAUGAACUAAUUUUUGUUCAUGUGGACUGCCCAUUCUUUGUGAUAUGCAUUUUGUACCACAACUUUCUGAUUGCCAUUUUUACAUAUAUUUGGAUUCAGUGUGUAAUAUUCUAAGCAUGGCUUUCAGAUCUGUUUUGCCGGCUUGACUACUAGGCAUCGCUGCGCUUGUCUAUUUACCUUGUAAUGAUUCAACUGUGAAUAUUGUUGGUAAGAGGUUUAGUAUAUUCAAUUGUGUAUAUUGAUGCUUCUUUUAUCAUUUGAAUUUCACCUAGUAUUCCAACAUUUCUACAAUGUUCCCCAAUAUUUCCAAGUUUUCCAGAAUACUGGCAUUAGUUCCUGAUGACACUUUCAAGCUUCCGACUUGUCGAAUCUUGCUCACUUACUCUUAACUACUUGUUCUAUUUUAUCCAUUUUAGAUUCAAAAAUCUGUUGCUCUGUGGAAAACUGAGCUUGGGUUUCACCAUGUACUUUGCCUAAAUUUUUGUAACACAUUCACCAACAAUUAUUGAGUGUCAGGAAUUGUUUAAAAAAUAAAAAUAGUUUGCAAAGGAAUUUGUGGUUCGAUAAGCGAAUGUUUGCCAAGUCUCAGACUUCUUGUUAGUCUAUGGCAUUACCCAUAUCAGACAUGGGGUUUGGUGGAUAAUUCGAAACAGCUUAUUUUCUAAUUGACUAGCAAUUACCAGGCCUUAAAGUCAAAUGAUCUUCAAUUAAUGUGGAAAAUACUGAAAAUCACAGGUUCAAGUUCCCCACACUCACAUGCCUCUGGUGUGCUUCAUUCCCACUUUGGCAAAUAUGUAAUUUUUUUUUUGGUGAAACUUUGACAGAUAUGUACAAUCAAUAAGAAAAAGGUAAGGAGCUUCAACAGAAAUAUUUUCUCCCUCUGUGAAGCUUGGCUCCACUAAAUGAGGACGACAUAUUGUAGAGCAAAAGAGUAUUAUCAAGGAAUACUCACAUUACAGGCACCAUAGCUUAGGCCUUGUAUCAAGUAUGACCUCAAAUAGAGUUGAUUGGAGGGUAAAAUCUAUGUGGUCAAUCCCAUAUAGUUGGGAAUUGGGAUAAGACUGAGUUGUUGUUGUACUCAUGUUCCAGGCAAGUGAGUGAUUAUUUUUGUGUAAGUGGUAACUAUCAAAUAUCCUGCUUUUGAAAGAUUCCCCUCAUUUUUUCCUUCAA